AUGACUAUAAACACUGCCGCCAACGGCCAUGGUCCACGCGGCCAUGGAUCAACAACGCUGCCCUACCGUCCUCAGCCAGGUUCUCCCACGCUGACGAACCCCGACAUGAUUCUACCGGAUUACGGCGAGCCAGAGCCCCUUGACGACCGACCUCACUCGUCCUUGGCUAUAUGGGACGAUGCGCAGCGUUCCGAUCCCUUUGACGACUUCUCGCAGACUGGAUAUAUUGCAGGACCCCUCCUCCCCGCAACCCCAAUCAUCUACGGGAACGGCACCAUGCUAUCCGACAUUGGUGAGGUUACCGAGGUCGAAAGUAACGUGAGCCACCCGCCAAGCCAGAAUCCAUCCCAGUUGUCUGGCUCGGGGAGGGGCAGCGGCAGCGGCAGCGGCAUCGGCACACCGUCUCGAACGUCGCCAAUCACGGGGGAAAGGACACUCAGGAAGCGAUGGCUUGCCAUAAAACGGGAGCGCCGGCUGUCGAUCGAUUCCACAAGCACGGCCCAGACCACUGACGGUACAGACCGACUAUUUGGUGAACUUGACGACUCCGUCAGUGUCGACGACAGCAAUUUUCAAGGUGAUGAUGAGGAGAGCCUGGCUAGCGAGUUCGUCGAUGAAAUGCCCGCUCAAAACUCUGGUGCUGCAGUCGUGCCGGCUGGUCCCGGGCUGAAUGUGGAUGCAUUUUCCACCAACUCAAUAAGUAUGAGAGCCGAGCAGAUUCUCGCCAACGCCAAGCGUCGCCUUACGACCAUGGAGGGAAACCUGAACAGAGCAAGAACAUUUAGCUACUGUUCUGCUUCUAAUGGCUCGACACCUUCUCCGGGGUAUGGUUCGGACGCGUCGAUGACGGAGAGGACGAAAACCAUUCCGCCUAAUCAUUCCCGGAACGUAAGCGAAAAUAGCCUUUAUGGCGCAACACGAGCGGCUGCCCUCCCCCAACGAUCGGCGAGUGCGCUAGGUGCGGCCGAUGGCUACCGUCAACCCUUGACCCUGUCCAGGAGCGCCGAUGUUCUCGUACCCAGAAGUAGUCUCGGGUCCUUGCGGUCGCCACUGCAUUCCAUUGAGUCAACCCUGGAAACGCUGGACGAAGACGAAGGCAGUCAAGUCGACAGCUACAGCCCUCCCAGCAGUCGGUUUCAAAAUACUGCGUACGGACAACAAUUCGCAGACGCGGGCCAAGCACGGUCUGCUUCCGCCGCGCAAAUGCGAGACCUCCACGAUCAAAUGGAGGGCCUGAAGGGCAAGAUAUCGACACUGAAGGAGAAGGCCAAGCAAGAUAGUAUGAAGCGACGUAGUUUGCAGAGCUUGAGAGCUCUGAGCCCUUUUACCUAUUCCCAAUGGGAUCAAGGAUAUGCCGGCUGCAAGUCUUCGAUUCCUCCUGAAGAUGGUAGCUUGGGGCUUGCGGCUCCCUUGAACGGGACCGUCCAUGGCUUGGACAAUGGCGAGCCUACGACUAAAACACAGGUUCAAUCGCAGCCGCUUGACAGGGAGGCCCAAGAUUGUACUCCGCAAGGAAUUUACGACGACUGCAUACACCAAGACGAGCUGCUGCAAUCACUCGAAGAGGGUGACGUUUUGGGUGCCGACAGUAAAGACGAUAAGGUUGAUAAUGUCGAUCAAGCCGACCAAGUUGGUUUCGACGACGAUAUUAGUGAAAGUGGCGAGUCGCUCUAUCACGACAGCCAGCAAGAACCAACGGACAUUUCACACGAAGAUCGGGAAGACGCGUUCGACUAUGAGCACUUCUUUUUGCAUUCGGCGAUGGGGACCCUCAGUCGACAGAGGAUGAGCAGAAGUGGUAGUUUUAGCAGCGAGGAGUCUGACGCUUCAGUGGAAACUACGCGGGGGCCAGCAAUCCUUCACGGACGUCGCCCCAGCAUCGAUACUAUGACGUCGGUCAACACGUUUGCCACCGCUCGAGAGGUGAUGGAGAGUCGCAGCUCGACGUCGCAGUCGUUUAGGGUCCAUGGAGACGGAUUUGCGACGGUAGAUCCCGAAUACGAGGAUGUGACUCUCUCGGCAGCCGGGGGUGACAAGUCGGGAGGCUCUGGCCACGGCGGCGGCGGCGGCGGCGGCUGCUCUCCUGAAAGUCAUCAGGAGCACGCGCGCCACGGCUCAGUUGUUUACCGACCUGCUGUUUCCCACAAGGAUGCACCCCACCACAGGCCAUCGGUCUCGUCCUUUGAGUCGACCGGAACCAACAGGAGCUUCCCGUUGGUCAAUAAAACCACCAGUCUGAGUGGAGGAACGUCGGGACCAAGCGGUUCUCCAGACAAUCAAUCGAAGCAGGUGGCCGAGUCCCUCAUGAACGAAACUGCCAGCAUUUGCGACAGGGACGCUCCGGGCAGUGGGCCGUCGUCCCCUGCGAUGCAAACAUUGUCACGAGAGGACCAGGUACUAGUUGAGCAGGUCGUGGCAAGUUUAGGAAAAUGCGUCUUGGGGCUCAGCGAGGCAACCCGGCGAGGGACGGGCAAUCAUGAGUACUACCGACACAGGAUCGAGGCGGCCAAGCGACUUCUCGAAAACAUCCCUGACCGGAUCCUUUGA